UAUAGAGCACUCCCACCAUGUCCUACUUUCAAGACAAAGCCUUUCCUCCAUUUGCUACAGUGCUUUAUUUGGAGUAAAGCAUUCUAGCUACGUGAGUCAGCUAUGGAGUUCGGUUGGCCAGUUCUUCAGCGAGGAAGAACAGUGCAAACAAGCUUCUUUAAUUUUGAUCACUCCAAUGGAUUUCCAUGCACAAAGCCAGCUGCUGGGGUUGUGGAUGUCCAUUCUGUAGGCGCAUGGAGAUCCUAUUUCGAGGCCAACAAGCAAAACAACAAAUUGCUGGUGAUUGAAUUCACGGCGACAUGGUGUGGACCUUGCCGACACAUGGAACAGACCAUCAAGGACUUUGCUGCCAAGUACACAGACGUUGUGUUCAUCAGGAUUGACGUUGAUGAAUUGCAGCAUGUGGCUCAGCAAUUCAAUGUGACUACCAUGCCAGCAUUUUCACUCUUGAAGAAAGGGAAGAUAGUUGACGAGGUAGCAGGGGUCAAGAAGAGUGAGCUUCAGAACAAGAUUGAGAAGCAUGGGAUGAUAUGAUUGCCACGAUACUUAACUAUUAAUGCCAUGCCCAUGGCGAAUCCCUGCUGGAAUGUAUAUUCCAGCAGAAGAGAAGAAUAAAACAAGGCCUCAAAAGCAAUUUGCUGAGGCAAAAAUAAGGCCAUCCUUUUUUCUUUUCUUCUUCUUGAUUGCUAUUAUUUAAUAUAUGUAUUGUAAUGCCAAGUUAAUUUUUAUUUAAGAAAACUCAUUUUCUCUC